AUGCAGCUUCAUAGAUCUUGGGCGCAAAUACUGCCGAUUUCGCAGUUCGUAAUAUCUGAUAAUUCUCAGGUCGAAAAGCGAGAUCUCGCCUUCUCGGAGCCGCACUAUCCUUCACCUUGGAUGAACCCUACUGCUCUAGGAUGGGAAGAGGCCUACGCCAAAGCUAAGGAAUUUGUUUCCCAGCUUACACUAGCAGAGAAGGUCAAUUUGACAACCGGUGUCGGCUGGCAAGGAGAACAAUGUGUCGGCCAAGUCGGUUCUAUUCCCCGGCUAGGUUUUCGGAGUCUUUGUAUGCAGGACUCCCCGUUGGGCAUACGUUUUGCGGACUACGUCUCAGCUUUCACAUCUGGUCAAACCGUAGCAGCUUCGUUCGACAGGGACCUUAUGUAUAAACGAGGAAAGGCUAUGGGCGAGGAGAAUAAGAUUAAAGGUGUCGACGUCCUUCUAGGGCCAGUAGCAGGGCCUAUCGGGCGCGCCCCGGUCGGCGGACGUAACUGGGAAGGAUUUUCUCCCGACCCGUACCUAACCGGCGUGGCUAUAGCAGAAACGGUCAAGGGAAUCCAAGACGCGGGCGUGGUUGCUUGCGCUAAGCACUUCGUCGGUAACGAGCAAGAACAUUUCAGACAAGUCGGCGAAUCUCAGGGCCGUGGCUACAACAUCACCGAAGCCCUCUCAUCAAACAUUGACGACAAGACGAUGCAUGAACUGUAUUUAUGGCCAUUCGCCGAUGCGGUCCGUGCAGGUGUCGGUUCUAUCAUGUGCGCGUACACGCAAAUUAACAAUUCGUAUUCUUGUCAGAACUCCAAGGCCAUAAACAACCUCCUAAAGGGUGAAUUGGGUUUCCAGGGAUUUGUAAUGAGCGAUUGGCAAGCCCAACAUUCUGGCGCGGCCAGCGCUGUCGCCGGUCUGGAUAUGGCGAUGCCCGGAGAUACCGUAUUCAACUCCGGGUUUAGUUUCUGGGGCACAAAUCUUACUCUUGCGGUGCUAAAUGGAACAGUCCCCCAGUACCGAGUUGACGAUAUGGCAAUGAGAAUAAUGGCGGCGUAUUUCAAAGUCGGUAGGACCUUGGACCAGACCCCAAUUAAUUUCGAUUCGUGGACUCGGGAUACCUUUGGGCCUAUCCAUUUCGCCGCCAACGAGGGACAUCAACAGAUAAACUGGCAUGUGGAUGCCCAAGAGGAUCAUGGCGAUCUUAUCCGGGAGAUAGCCGCUAAGUCAACUGUGCUGCUCAAGAAUAACGGCGCCCUCCCGCUGAAGAAGCCUAAGUUCCUCGCAGUCAUCGGAGAGGACGCCGGUCCUAGCCCGCUAGGCCCGAACGGAUGUGCGGACCGAGGUUGUAAUCUGGGAACUCUUGCGAUGGGAUGGGGCUCCGGAACUGCCGACUUCCCCUACCUCGUCACUCCUAUCGACGCGUUACAGGUGCAAGCACUCGAGGACCGCACCCGUAUCGAAGCCGUUUUGAAUAAUUCCGCGUCGUCGACGAUCGAAACGUUGGUCAAGCAAGAGGGAGCAACUGCCCUGGUCUUCGUCAAUGCCGACUCCGGUGAAGGCUAUAUUGAUGUAGACGGCAACGAAGGCGACCGUCGCAACUUGACGCUUUGGGGCAACGGCGACGAGCUCAUCAAGAACGUUUCCGCCUUGUGCAACAACACGAUUGUUGUGAUCCACUCGGUCGGACCAACGCUCGUAUCGGAAUGGUACGAUUCGCCAAACGUUACUGCUAUCCUAUGGGCUGGUCUGCCCGGCCAAGAAAGCGGCCGUUCGAUCGUAGACGUGCUAUACGGCAAGGUUAAUCCCGCUGCCCGAACCCCCUUCACGUGGGCGAAGAAGCGAGAAGACUACGGCGCCGACGUUCUGUACGAGCCCAAUAACGGCCACGGUGCGCCGCAGCAGGAUUUUACUGAAGGUGUCUUCAUCGACUACCGGGCGUUGGAUCGUGCCAAUAUUGAUCCCAUAUUCGAAUUCGGAUUCGGGUUGUCGUACACAACCUUCAAGUACUCGGACAUCCGAGUUGAGAAGAUCAAUGCCGAGAUUUAUAAGCCCACUACCGGCAAAGGAGCAGAAGCCCCAACAUUCGGCAACUACUCGACAGAGCUUGACGAUUACCUCUUCCCGAAAUCCUCUUUCCCCUACAUCUGGCAGUACAUUUAUCCGUACGUGAACACUACUUCCUCUCUCGAAGACGCGUCCAUGGACCCCGAGUUCGGCAAGACUGCGAAAGAUUUCCUUCCUCCCGGGGCUCUGGACUCCGGCGCGCAAAAUCUCGGGCCUGCCGGACCGGGUCUCACGGAUCAACCGGGCGGCAACCCCCAACUAUUCGACAAGUUAUAUACGGUGACCGCUAAAAUUACCAACACCGGCGACGUGGUUGGUGACGAGAUCCCGCAGCUCUACGUGUCUUUGGGCGGAAAGGAUGAUCCGCCGGUGGUUCUUCGUGGCUUCGAUCGCUUUCGGAUCGAACCCGGCUGUACGGCGGUCUUUUCGGCGACUUUGACGCGACGGGACGUCAGCAAUUGGGAUGUUGAAUACCAGAACUGGGUUAUCACUAGUUCCCCCAAGACGGUGUUUGUCGGUCCCAGCAGUCGCAAGUUGCCACUAAGCGCCCCGCUACAUUAG